UGUGUGUCUGUCUGUGUCUGACUGUGUGUCUGUCUGAGCUGUUUUGUGUGUCUUUGUGUCUUUCUGUCUGUGUGUCUUUCUGUCUGUGUGUCUUUCUGUCUGUGUGUGUCUGUCUUUCUGUCUGUCUGUAUGUGUGUCUGUGUGUCUGUCUGUCUUUCUUUCUGUCUGUGUGUCUGUCUGUCUGUGUGUCUGACUGUCUGUCUGACUGUGUGUAUGUGUGUCUGUGUGUCUGACUGUCUGUGUGUCUUUCUGUCUGUGUGUCUGUCUGUAUGUCUGUCUGUCUGUGUCUGUCUGUGUGUCUUUAUGUCUGUGUGUCUUUAUGUCUGUGUGUGUGUCUGUCUGUCUCACUUUGUGUCUGACUGUGUGUCUGAUUUUCUGUCUGUCGUUCUGUGUCUGUGUGUCUUUAUGUCUGUCUGACUGUGUGUAUGUGUGGUCUGUGUGUCUGACUGUCUGGUGGUUUUCCUGUCUGGGGUCUGUCUGUUGUUGUCGUCUUGUGUCUGUCUGUGUGUCUUUUCUUUGUGUGUCUUUCUCUCUGUGGUCUUUUUUUGUCUGUCUUUGUCUGUUGUCGGUCUGUCUGUCUGUCUCUGUGUGUCUCUGUGUGUCUGUGUGCCCUGUUGUCUGUCUGCCCGUCUGUGUGUGGGUCUGUCUUUCUGUUUUCUUUCUGUCUGUGUGUCUAAACUGUGUGUCUGACUGUGUGUGUGUCUGACUGUUUGUAUGUCUGACUGUGUGUCUGUCUGUGGUUGUCUGUUUUUGUCUGUCUGUGUGUCGACUGUCUGGUUUUCUUUUCUGUUCUGUGUGUCUGUGUGUCUUCUGUUGUCUGUCGUCUGUCCCUGUGUGCCCUGUUUGGGCCUUUAUGUAUUUUGUGUCGUUGUCUGUCGGGUCUCACUUGGUGCUGUCGUGUACUACUGUUGUGUUUUGACUUGUCUGUGUGUUUUUCUGCCUGUGGGGUUUUCGGGUCUGUGUAUCUUUUGUCUGUCUGUUGUCUGUGUUUUCUUUUGGGUCUUUUUGUCUUGUGUGUUGUAUGUUGUCUGAUGUGUGUCUGUCUGAGCUGUUUUGUGUGUCUUUUUUGUCUUUUCUGUCGGGUUUUGUCUUUCUGUCUGUGUGUGUCUGUCUUUCUGUCUGUCUGUAUGUGUGUCUGUGUUCUGUCUGUCUUUUUCUGUCUUGUGCUGUCUGUCUGUGUGUCUGACUGUCUGUCUGACUGUGUGUUGUGUGUCUGUGUGUCUGACUGUCUGUGUGUCUUUCCUGUCUGUGUGUCUUUCUGUCUGUUGUCUGGGGUCUGUGGGGUAUGUGGGUCUUUAUGUCUGUGGGUUUUAUGUCUGUGUGUCUGUCUGUCUGGUUGUGUGUUUUGACUGUGUGUCUGUCUGUCUGUCUGUGUCUGUCUGUGUGUGUGUCUGUCUGUCUGUCUGUCUGUGUUUGUCUGUCUUUCUGUCUGUGUGUCUGUCUAUGUGUUUGUCUGUCUGUGUUUGUGUCUUUCUGUCUGUGUGUCUGUCUGUCUGUCUGUCUGUCUGUCUGUCUGUGGGUAUGUGGGUCUUUAUGUCUGUGGGUCUUUAUGUCUGUGUGUCUGUCUGUGUGUCUGUCUGUCUGACUGUGUGUCUGACUGUGUGUCUGUCUGUCUGUGUGUGUCUGUCUGUGUGUGUCUGUCUGUCUGUCUGUCUGUGUUUGUCUGUCUUUCUGUCUGUGUGUCUGUCUAUGUGUUUGUCUGUCUGUGUGUGUCUGUCUGUCUGUCUGUCUGUCUGUCUGUCUGUCUGUCUGUCUGUGUGUGUCUGUCUGUCUGUCUGUGUUUGUCUGUCUUUCUGUCUGUGUGUCUGUCUAUGUGUUUGUCUGUCUGUGUGUCUGUCUGUCUGUCUGUCUGUCUGUCUGUCUGUCUGUCUGUCUGUGUGUCUUUCUGUCUGUCUGUGUGUAUGUCUGUGUGUCUGUCUGUGUGUCUGUCUGACUGUCUGUCUCCUUCAUUACCCUGUGUUAACCAACCCCACACACAUAAUUGUCAAUCUAAACAUGUGACUUACCAUCCCUCCCUAGCCUAUGGAUGCAGUGACACGGCCAGGAGAAGUCCCUCACAAUCUACUACCAAAGGACCCACGGGUAGGCCUCUUCUCUAUCCAUUAAAUUAUGAAUUAAACACAGUAGUAGAGGUUCAGAUAUUAACCUUCCUGUGUUCUCCUUCUGUUCUCCCUCUGUUCACAGAUAACUGAUCCAUUCAGAUCAUCAGCUAGGGUAAGAAUAUGACAUUCACCGUUCUGUAAGCUUGUUGACAGCAUUCCAGCCCUCAAAUUAUAUUCCUUCUAUUCUUGCAGAAGGCUGGUAAAUGGUGUCUAAUGCAUGGCCAGAUCGCGUGGCAGAUUCAUCACCACCAGCAGAGAAUGAAGGUGAACGAGAUGUGUUCAUUAAUUUCACUCAUUGGAGCGAAAGUUCCAAAAUCGAUAAUCAGUGAAAUAAUGCUAUCUGUAUCCUCCCCUGUCUCAGCAACCCCUUCACCUCUCAAUCUCUAUUAAGCUUUUAAUCUCUCUCUCUCUCUGUCCAUCACUCUCCUCCCCACUUUAUCUAUCUAUCUUUAACAGCACAUGCGCUUUGAUCCACAUCAGCUGAAUAUGAGUGGGGUGAAGAUGGACCUGUUUAGUCGGCCAGCUGCACCAGGUCUUCCUCCUGGACUGUCCUAUGGCCAUGACCUGGCCCAACCUCUCCUGUCCUCCUCAGGUUAGCCUGCCCACUCCAUGUCCUAUUCAUUACUGUGGAUAUUAAAUGAGGAUGUACGUGCAGUUAGGAUGAUAUUGUACGGUUAUGAUGAUAUUGUACAGUUAUGAUGAUAUUGUACAGUUAUGAUGAUAUUGUACGGUUAUGAUAUUGUACAGUUAUGAUGAUAUUGUACGGUUAUGAUAUUGUACAGUUAUGAUGAUAUUGUACAGUUAUGCUGAUAUUGUACAGUUAUGAUGAUAUUGUACAGUUAUGGUGAUAUUGUACGGUUAUGAUAUUGUACAGUUAUGAUGAUAUUGUUACGGUCUUGGUAGGAACUGCUUUUGUUGGUUUACUCCACUCCUUAGCUCCUGUAUGUCCAUGUUAGUGUGGUUGAUUCGCUCACUACUGUUCUUUCUCCCUCCACAGGUCAUUUGUCUGCCUCACCAUUCAGCGCCCCCACGCAUCACGCCCACUAUCUACCUGCUAGCCACCUUACUGGUAAGAGCCAUAGGCUGCUGGUGCAACGUCGAAAUAAUGAUGUUUGAAGUACAAGACAACAGCCAUUAAGAGGUGCUCCUCUUGUGAUGCUCCUCAGAUCCAUUUGGUCGAGCCAGUCACUAUGGAAACCUUGGACAACUGGCAACUAAUGCAUUUGGCGGCCUAGGUGCCCCAUCUCUUGGUAGGUUUUCGCUCUCAAAUAGUUGACCUCAACAUAAUGCAACCUACUGUUUCAACUAAAUUGGUGAAUUGAUUGAUUUUAUUGAAAUUACAUCAAUCCUUCAUCUCUCAGGCCCAGGCAGCCAGUUUGGUGACAGGCAGGGCCAUGGGUUGCCAGGUUUUGUCAGCCACCCUCAGGAAGCCUGGAACCGCCUGAACCGAAUGCCCCCCUCCUUCCCCACGCCUCCAGCACUGUCCAGGCCUGCUGAUGUGGCCCGCAAGCCCACAGUCCAGAGCAGCGAGAGGGAAAGGGAAGCUAAGAAAAGGGAUCACUCUGCUAUGAAGGAGGAGUCAGAGAGAGACAGGUCAGUGACAGCCCUGGUGCAGAGAUGGCAUUUCCCAUCUUGAAAGGCCUUCAAAAGUUGUGAUUUUAUAUUUUGAAACAGCAACUGAUAUUCAAAGAAUUGCCUAGUUUUCCAACCACAAAGAGGCUAGAUGUCAUGAUAUUUCUCAGCUGUUAACCCCCCCACCCCCCACCCCCCUCUCCAUAGAAAUUAUCUGGAAAGAAGCCAUCAGUCCACCCACACAUCCUCAGGCUUUCAGAUUAGUAAUCUGAUUGGCAGCAGCAGCCCAGGGAGGAAGAGGAGCAGCCCUGAUCAGGGCCGUCAGGCAGAGAGGGACGGCACCUCGCUGGGGAGGGUCCAAGUGAAGCAAAGCUCAUCUCCAGCGCUGGAGGUGCAGGAUAGGGGAUCCUCAAACCCUUACAACACAGUGAAGAACCACCAAUCCAGCGAGAGCACACAAACCCUGAAGGGACCUUUAAACAUAAAGCAGGAGCACAGAGAUGAGCCAGAGGUUAUGGGUGGCCCACUGGAGAUUACCCCUUUACUCCCACCAGGCCACCCUCACUCUCAGGCGCCACACCCCUCAUCAAAUCAAAGCACUGCAGGCAUGCUUCAGAGCAGCCAUCUACCUCACUCUCUACCCCUCUCCAUGAGCCCCAUGCACCCAGUGAGCAGCCUCAGUGCAAUGGAGCGAGCCCGUGUCCAGCCCUUCAUGGGGGUCAGUCCACUAGCCACAGUUCGAGACCACCGUGUGCCCCUUCACCUCUCGGGCCCCUGGGACCCACUUCGAGACCCCUACAGAGGCCUGUACCUGCAGAGCCAGCAGGUACAUAUUACCUAUGACCUUGAGAGAGGCCACAGACAGCGGGAGCAGCGGGAGCAACACCCCCACCCACAGCCGCACCUACAGGACAGGCACCGGCAGGCAGAGGAGAGGGCCAGGAUGCACCAGCUCCAGGGCUCUCCCAUGGAGGGCCACCUAGCCCACACACCCACCUUUAUGUCCUCCCUGGGUGGGGUGAUGUACCCCAGGCUCAGCCCCUCAGCUCCACACAGUGGUCAUCUGAACAGGACUCCUCCCACUGCCACUGUCAGUGCCCCACCCCCUCUGGUGCCCAUCUCCACCACCACAGCCCCUGGCAUACCUGCCACUCCUCGAAAGACCACGCCCACAAGUGCCCCACCCUCUGGGGACCCCACCCCAUCCUGCAAUCCCAAAGAGGUGGAGGCACAGUAGCAUGGAAGUCUCUCAGAAAUAAGUGACAAGACUCUAUACAGUACACACUCAAUUUGAUGACAUUAAGUAAAAAUGGUGUAUUGUAGAUUAUAUGUUAAUAAAUAACAAGUUUAAGUAGUGAGUCUGCAUAGAAACUGUUGAAUAACUUAUGUUGGAUAAUGUUAUUUGAUAGUAAUAUAUGAGUAUUUUUUAUGUUUGUAAGAUUUAUAUUCCCUUUCUGUGUACAGGAGUAGAUUUUAUGAAUUUGUACAUUUGUUUGUUACACCUUUAUUACACAUUAUUUA